AUGAAGCGUAAAGGUGUGGAAAAGAGCAAUGCAUGUUUGGUCAACAGGGAUGGUAAUCACCCUUUACAUCAGAAUUCUACUAGACUUCCUUGUGCAGCAGAAUUAAGUGAUAUCAGUGAAUCGGAAGACUCCUAUGAGGCCAAGGUCUCCGAUAUUGAACGUCAAAUUGAACAGCUGGACGAUAAGACCCAUCCUGAAUAUUUAAAAGCGAAACGAAAAGUUGACUUGUGGUAUGCAGAUGAGAAGCAACGAGUUCAAAUCCUGCAUGAGCAUCGUUUAGAAAAACGACGCAUCCAAGACUAUCUUACGUCAUUAUGUGAGGAGUUGAAACGUCGAUUGGAACAUGAUAAAAAGAAUAUUGAACUAACACCAAGUGGGGGUGAGUCCGGAACAUUUUAUGAUUUUGUACUGGGAAGUUGCAACAUUCUGCUAUGGUAUGUCUGUUACUCCACAUUAUUGGUAGACAGAUCUGUGAUCACCCGAUUUAUCACUGUAUCUACCUCGUUGGGGUCCUUCAAUUCUCAUAACUGA